AUGGUGGCUGGUUACUCCAUCGGCGGCGCUUUAAUGUUUUGGGUAGUGAGCCUGCUGGGGGACAUCAUUGGGCGACGCAAGGUCAUCAUGAUAGGGGAUGUAGUAAUGAUUGCAACAGGUAUUAUCCGGGACCCCUAUCACGGUUUACCAGCGAAAUUUAAUACCCUGGCAGCUAUUGGGCAGACUUUCUGCUAUAGUGCGCGUCUUUACGUUAUGACGCGAUUUCUGAUGGGAGUUGGCGGCAUCAUCAUAGUCUGCUUAGGUCCUGUCCUUUUGACGGAACUUGCCCACCCACGACAGAGAGGCUCUCUCGUCGCAACUUACUCCUCAUUCUUUUAUGUAGGCGCAACAGCAUCGGCAUGGUUCACGUACGGCAGCCUUCACCUGAUGAGUGAGUGGAGUUGGCGUCUGCCAGUUAUCAUUCAGAUUAUACCUCCUCUGCUGCAGUUGCCGUUGAUGAUGCUCGUACCUGAGUCUCCACGGUGGCUUGUAGCCAAAGGAGACGCAAUAAGCGCCCGCAAGAUCCUGGCAAAAUAUCAUGCCAAUGGCUUCGAGUCGGAUCAGCUGGUGCAAGCCGAAUAUGACCAGAUUUGCUGCAGCCUCGAGAAUGAGAACCAUCAACAGAAAGCUUCAUGGAUGGCGUUUUUCCAAACCGCUGGAAAUCGAAAACGUCUUUUCAUCGUGGUUGUUACCUCGCUGAUGUCUCAAUGGAGCGGGGGUGGCAUCAUAACCUACUAUUUCGCCGCUGCACUCAAGUCUGUUGGCAUCAGGCAGCCUUUGCAGCAAGCUGGCAUCAACGGUGGGCUCCAAACCUUCAACUUUGUGAUCGCUCUGUUCAGCGCAACUAUUGUUGAUAAGGUAGGACGACGAAUCUUGUUUCUGUUUUCCACAAUUACCAUGCUGCUAGCUAUGGUUGGUCUUACAGUUGCGACGCAGCAAUUUUCUGUCACAUCAAGGAGCGAAGCUGGGUCUGCGGUGGUUGUGAUGUUCUUCAUCUUUCAAUUGGGAUUCGACAGCGGAUAUGCGCCGCUAGGAACAACCUAUCUUGCGGAGAUAUGCCCGUUUUACUUGAGAGCUAAAGCGGUUGCCCUCCACUACUUCAUAACCAUGGCCAGCGCCGCAGCUGGGCAAUACGCCAAUCCUGUGGCAAUGGCAGAUCUGGGAUGGAAGUACUAUCUGGUGUAUGUUUCGAUUCUUCUGGUGGGUCUUGUGGUUGCAUGGGUUUCAUUUCCGGAAACAAAAGGUUACACUGUGGAAGAGAUCACCAAGAUUUUUGAUACCAACUGA